UGCUUACUAAAUUCUAAUUGCAACACAGGUAAAUCAUAUAAAAGAUUAGAAAGUAAUCAAAAUGAAAAGGAAACAACAACAACAAUCUUUUCCCAAGUCACACAAAAUCGUAAGGAGGUGAGGCUGCAGCUCCUCUUUCCUUUUCAGAGGUACCUCCCUUACCCCACCACACCACACCACCCCCCUCUAUCAAAGGUAAGCAACCGGUUUGGCCAUUUUAUUCAUUCCUUUGUUUACUUUUUCUUGUUCAUCAAGUGAGAUUUGCAGGUUGUUGGCUGAUUGGUAUUACUACAUUUUUUUGAGUAUUUCUCAAAGCUAGUCUCUCAGUUCAGUUGCUUUGUACGCACUCCUACAGGAUUCUGAUGCUACAUAGUAUCAAAUUCUGCUUAUACUUAAUAUCCUUCUCCAAUUCUCUCAAUCUGUAUAAUCAGCACGACUCCGGUUCAACACCAACCAGUCUAUAAUGAGGUAAUGACCAUCAUAUUAACUUCUCUUCCUCCAUAUUUUUGUGAGCCAGCUUUGUAAGUUCUCAUUCUCCUUUUCCUGUUGCAUAGCAUAGACUGCCAUGAGUAUAGCCCUUCACUCUUCAACUGAAUGCGUGCUUUAUUCAAUCCACAAACUGGAGAUCAUCUUAAGCAAGAGUUGUCAUGCCGUUCGGUUUGGUUUCAGCGUGGAAUAAGCGCCGCAGAAGCAAGUCUGAAGAUCACAUCAAUCCUUGUAUGUUUCAGUUUCUAAUAUCUCGUGUUCUUCUACUCCUGUUGCGUUACAACUUAGUUGUUGCACCCAUGCAAUUCACUUGCUUUUUUGGCGAUCAAUUCUUUAAUUUCUGCUUUUCCUUUUCAGGGGUGUAUAAACCAGUGGAAUGUUGGAAAAUUGAGGGCAGCGCUCCACCUGCAAAAAGACACCAUGGAUCAGCAGUUUUCACGCUUAAAGAAAUGGAAGAGGCAACACAUUCUUUCAGUGAACAAAAUCUACUUGGGAAAGGAGGAUUUGGUCGAGUCUACAAGGGUACUUUACGGUCUGGAGAGAUUGUAGCAAUCAAGAAAAUGGACCUACCGUCAUUUAAAGCAGCAGAAGGGGAGCGCGAAUUCCGGGUGGAAGUUGAUAUCUUAAGCAGAUUGGACCAUCCCAAUCUUGUAUCUUUAAUAGGCUAUUGUGCAGAUGGGAAGCAUAGGUUCUUGGUUUAUGAAUAUAUGCCACGAGGGAAUCUGCAAGAUCACUUGAACGGUAUUGGAGAACUGAAGAUGGAUUGGCCUUUGAGACUCAAAGUGGCUCUUGGAGCAGCAAGAGGACUUGCAUAUCUCCAUUCCAGUUCUGCUGUCGGAAUCCCCAUUGUACACCGAGACUUCAAAUCAACCAAUAUCCUGCUAGACAACAACUUUGAAGCCAAGAUUUCAGACUUUGGACUUGCAAAGUUGAUGCCAGAGGGCCAGGAAACCUGUGUAACAGCAAGAGUGCUGGGUACUUUUGGCUACUUUGAUCCAGAAUAUACGUUGACAGGAAAACUCACUUUACAAAGUGAUGUUUAUGCAUUUGGAGUGGUUCUGCUAGAGCUUUUGACUGGACGGAGAGCAGUUGACCUGAACCAAGGACCAAAUGAUCAGAACUUAGUACUGCAGGUUAGGCACAUAUUGAAUGAUAAAAAGAGGUUGCGCAAGAUAAUUGAUCCAGAUAUGAGCAGGAAUUCAUAUACAAUGGAGUCUAUAGCCAUGUUUGCUAGCCUUGCAUCGCGCUGUGUACGAAUUGACAGUACUGAACGGCCCUCAAUGAUAGAAUGCGUUAAGGAGCUCCAACUAAUUGUCUACACAAAUUCAAGGGGACUAGGGAUGACACUGCAUACUUUCAGAAUGAUUUAAACAAACAACAAUCUUUUUCAUACAAAAAUUAGAGAUGCAUCAUGAUACACCGUGUAAAUGAUCUUCCAGCUAAGAAGACUGUACUGCAACCUAGAAUCUUCAAAGUUCAAGAAAUUCUUAAGAUUUUUACAAGCAACCCUCAGUUUAUUGAUUGGUCAUAUAUGAUAAACAUACUCAUAGGUGUCUGAAGGAAGAUGGUAUUUUUAUAAUUUAAUGACUCAAAAAGAGUUUCUGAUAGACAGCCAGAAGCAUCAGGUGUCAUAUUUUUCCUUCUUUUUUUUUCCUCUUUUAGCUUCACCAUUUUCUGAUAAGGUAUUUCUCUCGUGUAAUUUGAAGAUUUGUACAACAAUGUGAAUAAAAUCUGAGACAUUGCUCGUCUUUUCCUUA